CGCCGCAGAGGGCGCCCCGGGGCCGCGCGGGCGCGGGACGAGCCGGACAGCUCGGCUCCUGGGGACGCCCGGGACGGCGGAAACCCGGACGGACCCUUCGUCUCCGCGUCGCUUUCAGUCCCCGCGCGCGACCCGAACUCCUCCGGAGCGGCGCGACCCACGCAGAACUGGAAAUACGGGAAAACCUCAGAAAUGAGGACCGCGUGCGACGAACCCGGGAGGGCGCAGACCGGGGAGAAACUCAAGGCAAAAACGGGGACGUUUUUAAAAGUAAAGAAGAUGCGAACAAACAGAUAAAAACGGCGCGUGAAUGAAUGGCGAGUGCUGCGGACAGGCCAAGGAUGUCCAAAACGCACGCGCUGAGGAAGACCAAGGGCACAGGAAAAAUGCUAAGAGCUACAGAUCUCAGGAGAUUAAAUUUUUUUUCCUUAAAACUGGGUAUUAUCAGAGCAAACAAAAAAUACGGAUCCUGUGUACCAAACACCAAAACAUACUGUGGUAAAAUGAUUGGGUUUUAAAGAGAAAAGUCUUUAGGGCCCGUAGCAAAGCAAGCACACAACUUCCCAUGGUAGGAGCCUCCCCAGCACGGGGCUGCGGUCCUGGAUCCCAUUUCCGGCCGCGGGCCCAGCGAGCAGUGGCCGACUCCCGGUCUGGGCAAGAGAAUGGACCCGAAGAACCGGGACAUCUCGGACCAGAGAGCACAGACGCUCUCAAAGACCACGGUACAUGGGGCGGGCGCGCUCCUCAGAGGAGCAAGCGACUCUUCAUCUCGGGGUUGUGGGGUCCAGCCCUGCGCUGGGUGUAGAGAUUACUUAAAAAUAAAACCUUAAAAAAAAAGUACUUGGAACUGACCCAAAGAAGCUCCCAUUAGCCAAGAGAAUAUCAUUUGACCUUAAAAAGAAAAAAAAAAAGACUUGCAGUAAGUUGCAGCCCAUCUUCUGAAGAUGGCCUGGAACCUGCUCGUCAUCCUCAAAACUGGGAUCAAGCCUUGUUCCUGCCCGUCUCCUACGAACACCGCCUGGGGGUAAGUGUUCCAGCUCGCAAGGGAAACCAAACGGUAGAAAAACCAUUUUGCAUCCUCCAGUGACAUGAGUGCUGGUGACAGCUGGCAUCAAAGUCGGCAGAGGUCCAGGCACAGCAUCACAGCACAACCCCCCCCCCCCCCCAUCAAGGGCACUUGACACCAGCGCUGGUCCUGCCAACGGACUAGAUCCUGAGCACAAUCGGGCCUCCGGGUCCUGCUGCUGAUCAGCCAGAAAUGCAGGGUCUGAAGACGGGUGCUGAAGUUUACCCUGAGGACGCCUGGCAGACCACAGAGCCCCAUUCUGCAAGGAGGGGCAGAGCUGAGCAAAGCAGCAGACCAGGUAAUCCAAGUUUGGAAAAUGUCAAGCCUCAAGGUUAGUGCAGGAAGAGGCCCCUCUGGACGAUGAAACCAUAAGGAAUGAAGGAAGUCGGCCUGCUGGUUCUGCAGUGAGCGGAGGGGCUUGGACUAGCUGAGGACCCGCCGGCUGGUGGGGAUCGGGCCGUCUGCUCCAUAAUCAUGCACAAAGCUAUGUUUUGGGGGGAACAUUUUUAACAGCUUCUGCCGGCCACCCCCCUCGUCCGUGUCCCCCUCGGUCCUGGAGGCCCUGACACUCUCCACUGCCAUGAAGUGUGCCCCCCGCGACGGCUGCUCCCUGCUCCUGCGCGUGCAGGCCUCCCUCGUGCUGCAUGAGAGCCUGCGGGGCCUGGAGGCCUGCUCCGUGAAUCUGGACACCCAGGAGACUCAGUGUCAGAGCGUGCGGGUCUCUAGAGCCUCCCGCCGCCGGCAGGUAGGGUGGCAGCUGCAGGUGCAUUUUGAUUGCUUCGAAGUGAGCGUGGCUCAGAGCCUCUACGUCACCCUGAGGACCGUCCCCCACUUCUGCGGGGUCCAGCUGGACCAGCAGUACCAUGUGGAAGACUGCAGACACGAGGACGUGGGGAGGAACAUGCCCGUGUGCUUUGCCGGGAAGUUCUCCUACUGGGCGGACCGCAGCCGGAAGGUCAUUCUGGUCCAGGUGCCCGAGGUCCCCGGGGCCCCCGACUACUACGUGCGGCUCUGCCUGAAGUGGUUCACUUGCAACGAUGUGGGUGUCCCCGUGCGGGUGACAGGGAACCGGAUGUCCCGCACCGUCUCUCUGCCCUACAGCCAGGAGCUGCCGUGCCUGUGCCUCGAGGGCUGGUUUGCGACCCCUGACGCCGUGCGGAUGCAGGCCUGUCCCUUCGAAGACGAGACGGAGGCCCUGUGGGAUGCUAUCCGCUACCACCCGGGGGACCGGGCACUGAGCUGGGAGCCCGCAUGUCCCGUGAGCGGCCACGUGAGCCUGUGCUGGCGCCCGGGGCCAGGGGCCCUCUGCCACAACCUGGAGCACUCGGGCCGGCCGGCGCACGGCAGGGUGCAGUAUCCGCUGGUGGACACACAGCCCCGGCUCUGCCUGAAGUUCUCCACCAGCCGCGGCUCCUGGGUGCGAUGCCCUUUCCAAGAGGGACACUUCCAAGCCUGGAAGAUGACCGUCCAGCCAGCCGCCUCUCGGGGCCACCUCCGGGUCACCUUCUUCUCGCCCAGUGCCGCCCAUUUCCAGGUGCACCUAUGUCACCAAAGGAAGACGUGGCCGCCUGCCUGCCGCCCAGGGCCCCGGGCCACGACCCUCGCCCCAGCCUCAGUGAGCCGGAGUGACUUCGUGACUGACCUUGCAGUGGCCUUUGUGGACAUUCCCACGGAAGAGGCUUGUGUCCCCAACACCUGCAUCCAGGGCUGGAGGACUGACGUGACUUUCUCCGCCCCCCACCAGCUAUGUGACCUACAUUGCACCAGCACCCAGGGGACAGAGGACUGAGGCCACGAGCCUCAUCAGGCGCCAGCACGUGCCCCGGCUGAAUACAGGGGCUCAGCGGAGGCCAGCCCCCACCCGAGCUCCCAGGCCUCUGGCAGAGAAAGCCAGACGUCAGGACUUGGAGGUGGCUUGCGGGAGCCCAGGCUGUGGCGCCAGCCACCUUCUCGGUCCCCAGAGGCCCGCAGCUCCCUGGGGGCCCUCAGGCCAGGCCCGGGGCUUUGGGUCGGAUGAAGGACUUCCAGCCCCUUCCUGAAGCCCCUUGCUGAAGGCCUACAGAACGGCUGGGUGGGCCGCCCUCUUCCCAGAUGGCCUGGCCUCUGACUGCCCUGUCCCUGCUUGGUGCAGCCUCCCUCGGGAUCGCCUGUGGUCGUGGCCACCAUCCCUGGCCUGAGGACCGGGGCCCGGCAGCUGCCUGAUGGCUGCCGGAGCUUUCCCAGAGCUCUGGAGAACUGAGUGGGAGCCCACAUGCUCCACAGGCCCAGGACCAGCUUCAGCUCCUGCCCUGAGCCCUCGCACACUGACCGGGGUCCCCAGCUGGGCCCCCCAAACCCCUGCACCAGCCCUCCCAGAGGUCAGGUCGUCCUCCACUCUCUGGCCCCCCGGCUCGGCCCAUCCAGGGAGGGCUCACCACUUCCCGUGGCCUUAGGAGGUCCCUGUCAGGACGGGCAGUUCUCAGAAUUGUCCCACUCGCUGAUGGCCACCGCAGGGGGACCCUUGGCCCUGCAGUGGGGUCUCCACAGCCCAGGUCAGGGUCACCCGGAAGCUGGGCUGUCAGAUGUACCCCAUAGACUCUGGUGUCGCACCCAAGGACUUCCAGGGUGAUCCCUGAGCUGCGGUCAUCUGGAGGCCGGGCAUCCUCUGCACCUGACCUCUGCGCUCCCAGGGAUGGGCGCCGCCGGCCAGCCCCAUCUCCACAGCCGGCAAAUCCAGGGCCAGGCUCCGCUGUCCCCCUGCCCUCUUCUGUCAAGGGGGCUGAUGCCCCCAGAGACCUCGGGGGUGGACCAAGCCAGUGUGCCCCCACCCUCAGUAAACACUUGUCCACUAGCUCGCCUCUUCCCUUGAGGACAGAGUUGGGGUCUGCAGGGCGAGGAAGCCCCUUGGGGGAAGUGGGUUGGUGAGGAGGGUUAGGGCUCCGGAGGGAGGCGAGGGUGGAGGCCCAGAUCGCAGAGAGAGCCUGCUGGUCCCCCACCACGUGCGAGCCCCCAGGUGGUCCCCGAGGACACCCCUGUGGCUGGAGACGCCACUACCGCACCGGCCUGCCCCAGGGCCAUGUGUGGGCGGGAGAGCCAGAGGAAGAGGGGUGC